AUGGCUGAACAACAGAAGGCAUUAUUCCUCCCUGAGAAGCAGGGCGCGUUCGCACUAGGCGACAAGCCCAUCCCCUUCCCCGGUCCCGGCGAGCUGCUCUUGAAGGUCGAGGCGGUUGGGCUUAACCCGCUCGACUGGAAGCUGCAGAAGUGGGGGGUGCCAGCAUUCAUUCACGAGUAUCCAGCGGUGCUUGGGGAGGACAUUGCCGGCACUGUGGAAAGCGUGGGCGAAGGGGUCUCCGGCUUUGCUAAAGGGGACAGGGUGAUCUAUCAAGGGACGUUUACCCCGGACAAGGCUGGGUUCCAGCAGUAUACGCUCGCAGUAGCACAGUUCACGGCAAAGAUCCCCUCUAAUAUCUCAUUGGACGAAGGGGCGACUCUCCCCACCGCAGUCGCCACUGCGGCAAUGGGUCUCUAUGCACCCAUUAACGACACCGCCCCUGGGGGCGCCGGGUUGACCGCGCCGUGGGAGGCCGGCGGGCGCGGUAAGUACGCUGGUAAACCUAUCCUCGUACUUGGAGGAUCGUCCUCUGUGGGACAGAUGGUUAUCCAGUUCGCGAAGCUCUCCGGCUUCUCGCCCAUCAUCACGACCGCCUCCCAGACGAACCAAACGCUCGUCAAUUCCCUCGGCGCUACGCACCUGAUAGACAGGGCGCUCCCCGCCGAGAGUUUCCACGCGGCUGUGUCAUCCAUUACUACCGCGCCGCUCGAAAUCAUUUACAAUACGAUUAGCACUCCCGAAACGCAACAGGUUGCGUACGACCUGCUGGCUCCUGGAGGGGCGGUCGUUUUUACGCUUCCCCUUGCCAUCAAGGUUGGGGCGCAGGGGAAGAAGAGGGUGAUCAACGUCUUCGGCGCUGUGGCCAUCCCGUCUCAGCAGAAGACCGGGGCGGGCUUGUACGCAGCCCUGGAGGGGCUGCUCGCGAAUGGAGAACUCAAGCCGAAUCCCGUGCGUGUGCUGCCCGGGGGGUUGAACGGGGUGGUCGACGGGUUGAGGGAGAUGGAGGAAGGUCGCGUCAGUGGCUACAAGCUGAUAGUGCAUCCUCAGGAGACCGGAGCAUAG